CUCUUUGCACUUUUCGUGUCUCGUCCACAAAAAUCUAAGACAUCCAUCUCGAACUUCGCUCACUGUCCUCGCCUUUCUUCGCACUAAUACAGCGGGACAAUACGCCCUCGUCCUCUCGUUCCCUCGCCUUCACCCACUCCUACUGGCCACCUCGUCCACUCCUGCUCCCACGCCCGCUAGAACCUCCCGUCUACUCUCCUCCAUACGGAUACCUCACGUCAGAGACACUGGUCCUCGACAGUGUCAGAGACCACACAGGACCUUAGACAGCAGCCACACUUGCCUUCCCCGGCGUUGCUGCAGCUCGACAUGGACAUGGACCUGGAUCUGGCCCUCGACCCGAAUCUCUGACCCCGACGUUACCUCUACAUCUGAGCGCACCCUCACCCUCCCGAGUCCCCUCACCUUCACCCUCUCACACUCGCCUCGAGAAGUAUUCGACCCUCAAAAAGUACCUCAGUCUUUUGGCCCGUCCCGUCGCCGCGUUUCAACCAGCCUCGACGGUCAUAUCUUAAAGCCUUCACUUCUCCGGUCCCUCUCUUCAUGCCCGUGUCCCUACUUAGCCUUCAGUACCUUACCGUACUUCACCCUCGGUCUUGUGCUGAUCUUCGGUCGACUUUUCAUUUUCCAUCAUAAGCAUCCUAAUAACUUAAUUCCCUGCUCGGUCCUAUCGUAUUCACCCUCACCUCACAGUCACAUUUGCCAUUGGCUCCAGCUUCAACAUCUAGGCUGAGCUACCUUCCUUACCUUUACCCCUUGCCUACAGCUUCAUCCGACUGAUACCGAAGGCUGCGGUACCUACUACCUCUUUCCACUUUUCCACCUUUCUUAUUCUCAUAUCGUGUCUCGCCUUUUCCUUCUGGCAGCACAAUUCUACAAAACGCCCCCCCAUUCCCACCCAACCAUUUCGUUCAGUCGACGACGACCUAGAAGCCCAGGAAAAAAAACCAGAUGCCCGCCAUUUAUAUAUCACGACUCAUCUCACCUUGACGACCUGUCUCACCGAAGAGUCGUACAAUCUUGAUCGUACAAGUACCGCCUCCAGCCAAUCUCUUUUCGACAUUCUCAGUCAGGGUCUCUGUGUGGCCCAUUCUUCGGCUCAUUGCUCUCGAGUUCGUUCAGCCGACGUCGCGCAGACGAGGGACCACUUCAUUCCUGUGUCUGACCCUUCGCCUUAUUACCGGUUCAACUCUCGCGUCACCUUAGGGUGUUCUGGAUUCACUCAGCCGAUCCGGUGAGACUCGAUUCACUCCAAUUGUUGGCCUCUCCUGGUCUACAAUUACUUCUGCCCGGGUGUUCCUGCCUACUUUCGUGGCCCCCGAACUUUCUGUCUCACUGUGACCUCACUUUGGUCAGCUCUCAACAUUGUGGCCGAGGCCUCUUCUUCCCACUUUUACUCUCUACCUCGCUCCUUCCCUUACACCUCAGUGUCUCGACGACCACACACAUCCCUCUCACAGAAUUAAUCUCUAAAACGUUCUUCUCCUCGUCAUACCAUCCGCCUCUCGCGGUCGACUUGACUCAUAAUACUUAUAACCACGUCUCAUAUCUGGUAUGUUUGAAUUCCUGUCUUUCAAAGUGGCCUUCCUGCCAACCUCACAUCCGAGCGCAAAGAACUCACAAAACUUUCUGGAGAUCAGACAAACACGCGCAAGUAGCCAUUACUCGGCCUCUUUCACCAUGCCUACCAGCUUCGACCGGUUGGAGAAGCUCUUCUCCCGGAAAAAAGACUUCUCCAUCCAAAGCGGCCCAUCAACGCCAACCAUGGAGUCAUCGGGUCCCAGGACUGCAAGUUUAGACCACAGUUUCCCUCAGCCUUCCUUCAUCCGCCCGCGAGUCUCCCGCAUGAAGGCUAGAGAGGAGCGCAUUGUAGCAUCGCAAAAUGAGAGACGUGCCCAGAGCCUCCCGGAAAACCAGUCCGAGCGUAUCUCAAUACAUAUUUCUCACCUCAGCAGCGCAAGCACGACAACUCUUACUCUUCCAGCCCGCUCCAUGUCGCUCAAUCACCGCAGGGAAAGUAAGCCGGUGGCAAGUCUGCGUGGAUUCGAUUUUCCUUUUCCUCCCACAUCCCCAUCCCCGGCUUCGCCUUUUAGUGCCACUUUCUCUCCGAGAACCCUCCCCACAACGCAUAAAGUUUCUCUCGAGCACCGCCACAGCUCUGUCAUCAUCCCUCCCAGAGCCGACACCCCACCUACCUCGGACCACGAGGACGACUCAAGCAUAAAGGGAUCUCAGGGCCGGCCUUCUUCUUCACUCAGUAGAGACCUGCCAACACCUGCCGCAUCUCCAGAAAUGAGGCCCAUCAACGACAUAAGAUCUCGGGACUCUGCAGAGUUGAGCUUGGCCAAGAGGAAGGCGGCUGCUGCAGCGACAAGACGUCGAAGAGAGGAAAAGGCAGCUGCCUUGCGUCGGCCCCAGGGCCAGUCCAGACCUCACAGAUCCAUCACUUCAUCAAGCCAGAUCCUCAAAGGUGGAGAUGUCAUGGAUUUCUACAACCUCUCCGACGAAGACAUCUUGGAAGAGCCAGAGUUGGAGGAUGCCCCGGAAACCCCGAUUAUGCCCGCACCUCUGCGGCUACCACCCUCCCCGCCGACUCCGGCCUCUACGUUAUCAUCGGUCGGUUCUAAGCGACGGACAUCUUCUAUCCAUGCUGACGACGUCGCCAAAGAGGGAGCGCUGCAGGUUGCUCAGAUCGCGGCCAAGCACAAGUUUGACCUUGUAUACAUCGUCAACUUGUGGCCCGAAGGAGCGUCCGAGUCGUCGUCGCCCACGUUCCGCUCUUCUAUGGAUUUCUCAUCAAGGCCCUCAAGCAUGAGAAACUCUCUUCUUGGGACCAUGGAUGGACCAACGGUGGACACAACUCCCGGUAUGACUGGGCGUCUGCUCGCCGCCUACGGUUUGUCGAACUUGACUAGCCCUUUCCGCAUUUCGGCCACAGUUCAGUCCAGAAUCUUGAAGCAGGAGGGCUGGAUGGAAUACCGCAGCGACGACGCGCAGGCGGGCGAGAUUGCACGGGGUUACGGCCACGCCUUCCACACGGCCACAGGUCGAAGAGGCUCCGCCAACUCGAGUCCCCGGAGCCCGGGUCCGCAAGACAUGGCCCAGAACGAUCGCGGCAUUGUCUUCGCCGCCUACCGCUAUCCGAGCAAGGACUCACAAACAACCGGAUGUACCAAGGAGGAGCUGGACGCAUUGCGCGCAGAUGCUGAAGGCCUCGUCGAUUACCUCGUCGCCAUUCACAAGGCUCGACGCCUCCGAGAUCCCAUGACCCUACAAACCUUGGUCGAUGAGGACGCCACGCCUUAAUUAACGCCAACGCGAGCGCCACACUUUAAACACGCCGACACGACCGUUUUCUGAUUUAUACCAAACGCGAUCAGUGCAACGGAUAUUAGAUGAUUACGACCCGUCAUUCCUUGACACAUUCUUCUUUGGCUGGAUUUACACGUUUUUGCGAUUCGUCUUUUGAUAUGAUACCACAUGGAGAGCGUCGUCCCUUAUUCGUGACAUGGACUUCGUCAUUUAGCUCGAAAAAGGACAUUUUCAGUCACGUCCAGAUAGUUCAGGUGCUAUGCAUAAGCAUCGAGCGUUGGAAGCGACUUCACAGAGGCAUGGCAUGGAGAGGAUGGGUUCUGAACUAGUCCAUCCUGGACUCUUACGUAGCAAGUGGACUCGAUCCAUAAUGAAAAUAAAAACUCAUGAUACCUC